AGCUUCUGGCAAGAACUGAUGAGGAGAUGGCACCGGUUGAAAUUCUGAGCCUGUUAGGACAGUCUGUCCCUCUAAGUUCUGGAGUCUGCAGAUCCGGGGUCUGGUGCAAGUCCUGACUUGGGGCUGUGUGGCCCCAGCAAGGCCCUGGCUCUCUCUGUGCUUCCGUGUCACCUGUGGAGUGGGUCCCUCCCACUGUGGAGAUUAAAUCUGUGAUGAAAUACAAAAGGCCAGCCUGGAGCUCACUUAUGUCGGAGGCGGGGGCCGCCGAGCGGCUCGGGCCGGGGGCGGGGCCGCCGCCUGCGAUUCAAGUUGAGCAACCUGAGCCGAUCCCGGGACGCCGAGACCGAGACCGAGACCCACGACCCGCGAUCCCCGCGCGGAUCCCGGCCGGUCGCCGAGCCCGAUCCCGGACCCACGACUCCCCCUCUCCAACCCCGGCCGACCGCCGAUCCCCGAUCUCGACCGCCACGACCCCAGCGCGGUCGCCGAUCCGGGCCGCCAUGGUCCGGGCGCGGGGCUCGCGGCUGUCCCCGCUGCUCCCGCCGCCGCCGCUGCUGCCGCUGCUGCUGCUGCUGCUGGAACUGCUGCCCCUGGCGCGGGCGCUCAGCCCCCGGGUCAGCCUGCCACUGGGUUCGGAAGAACGGCCGAUCCUCAAAUUUGAAGCAGAAAACAUCUCCAACUACACGGCCCUCCUGCUGAGCCAGGACGGCGCCACGCUGUACGUGGGCGCGCGGGGAGCCCUCUUUGCGCUCAACAGCAACCUCAGCUUCCUGCCCAGGGGGCCAUACCAGGAGCUGCUGUGGCCCGCAGACACAGAGAGAAAGCAGCAGUGCAGCUUCAAGGGCAAGGACCCCAAGCGUGACUGUCAGAACUACAUCAAGAUCCUGCUGCCCUUGAAUGGUACCCACCUGUUCACCUGCGGCACGGCCGCCUUCAGCCCCCUGUGCACCUACAUCAACGUGGCCAACUUCACCUUGGCCCGAGAUGCAGCGGGCAACGUUCUUCUGGAGGAUGGCAAGGGCCGCUGUCCCUUUGACCCCAAUUUCAAGUCAACGGCCCUGGUGGUCGAUGGCGAGCUGUACACAGGCACAGUGAGCAGCUUCCAGGGCAACGACCCAGCCAUCGCCCGGAGCCAAAGCCCCCGUCCCACCAAGACCGAGAGCUCCCUCAACUGGCUGCAAGACCCUGCCUUUGUGGCCUCAGCCCACAUCCCGGAGAGUGUGGGCAGCCUCCAGGGUGACGACGACAAGAUCUACUUCUUCUUCAGCGAGACUGGCCAGGAGUUCGAGUUCUUUGGGAACACCAUUGUGUCUCGAGUGGCUCGCGUGUGCAAGGGCGACGAGGGUGGCGAGCGUGUGCUGCAGCAGCGCUGGACAUCCUUCCUGAAGGCCCAGCUGCUGUGCACUCGGCCGGAGGACGGCUUCCCCUUCAAUGUGCUGCAGGACGUGUUCACGCUUCGGCCUGGCCACGACUGGCGCCGCACCCUCUUCUAUGGGGUCUUCACAUCCCAGUGGCACAGGGGCCCCGCGGGGGGCUCGGCUGUGUGUGUGUUCAGCAUGGAGGACGUGCGCAGGGCCUUUGAGGGCCUCUACAAGAAGGUGAACCGGGAGACACAGCAGUGGUACACGGAGACGCACCCAGCGCCCACUCCACGGCCCGGCGCGUGCAUCACCAACAGCGCCCGGGAGCGGAAGAUCAACUCCUCCCUGCAGCUCCCAGACCGGGUGCUGAACUUCCUCAAGGACCACUUCCUGAUGGAUGGGCAGGUCCGCAGCCGCAUGCUGCUGCUGCAGCCCCAGGCCCGCUACCAGCGUGUGGCCGUGCACCGAGUGCAGGGCCUGCACCACACCUACGAUGUCCUCUUCCUGGGCACCGGUGAUGGCCGGCUGCACAAGGCGGUGAGCGUGGGCCCCUCCACGCACAUCAUUGAGGAGCUCCAGAUCUUCUCACCAGGACAGCCUGUGCAGAACCUGCUCCUGGAUGGCCACAAGGGGCUGCUGUAUGCCUCCUCCCACUCGGGCGUAGUCCAGGUGCCCGUGGCCAACUGCAGCCUCUAUUCUACCUGUGGGGACUGCCUCCUCGCCCGCGACCCCUACUGCGCUUGGGACGGCACCCACUGUCGGCACGUCAGCCUGUACCAGCCUGAACUGGCGUCCCGGCCAUGGGUCCAGGACGUCGAGGGGGCCAAUGCCAAGGAGCUGUGCAAUGUCUCUGCAGUCAGGCCUCGAUCUUCCGUGCCAGCAGGCAAGCCCUGUGAGCCGGUCCAGGUCCAGCCCAACACGGUGAACACCUUGGCCUGUCCGCUCCUCUCCAACCUGGCUACCCGCCUGUGGCUUUACGAUGGGGCCCCAGUCAACGCCUGCGCCUCGUGCCGUGUGCUGCCCAGCGGGGACUUGCUGCUGGUGGGCGGAGAGCCAGGGCUGGGCCCGUUCCAGUGCUGGGCCCUGGAGGGGGGCGUCCGACAGCUGGUGGCCAGCUACUGCCCCGAGGUGCCUGAGGACGGGGGUGCAGGGCCGGGUGGCAGGGCGCCCAUGGUCAUCAGCACGUCUCGUGUGAGUGCGCCUGCGGUGGGCGCAGCGGGCUGGGGCGCAGCCAGGUCCUACUGGACCGAGUUCCUGGUCAUGUGUGCGCUCUUCGGGCUCGCCGUGGUGCUCCUGGUGCUCUUCUUCCUCUACCGGCACCGGGGCGGCAUGAAAGCCUUCCUGAAGCAGGGCGAGUGUGCCAGCGUGCACCCCAAGACCCGCCCUGUGGUGCUGCCCCCGGAGACCCGGCCUCUCAAUGGCGUCGGGCCCCCCAGCCUCCCUCCUGACCACCGGGGCUACCAGGCCCUGUGGGACAGCGCCCCCGGACCCCUGGGCGCCCUCGAGUCGGAGAAGAGGCCCCUGAGCAUCCAGGACAGCUUUGUGGAGGUGUCCCCCGUGUGCCCCCGGCCCCGGGUCCGCCUGGGCUCCGAGAUCCGGGACUCAGUAGUGUGAGCUGGCUCCGGCGACCCUGAAUGCGCAGAGGGACCAGCUGGACCCCAC